UCUUUUGAGCGCGGCUGUUUUUAGACUGCGUCUGUCACGGAUUCGCUCCCUGACUCGUUCAGUGGCACUUACUGAAGGUGACAAGAACUUUUUAAGGUGACGGUGUCUUCACUCAGUGCUUGUAAUAGAUAUGUUUUCCCGUCUCUUCAUUACGACGACUGUUGUUUAUUUUCUUCUCAGCGGUGGGACAGAAGCCACAAGCCCUGUGAAUGUGAGCGUGACUGUGGAUGUCGUCCCUGUCGCUGGAAGUCUUGAGGUUACCUUGGCAACCUGUACAACUUCUAGAACGAAGCCUGCUGCCGAGGUGUCAUGGAAUUUGGGUGCUUUAUCUGAUUCUGUGAAGGUAUCAACCAACACUGUGAAACAUUUGGAUGGGACGUUCACAGUCGCAAGCAGUCUGAUUGCCACUCCAACUGCACAGAUGAAUCAACAACAUGUCCAGUGUGUGAUCAGACAUGUUGCGAUGAAAGAGGAACUGGAAGUUGAUCACAAGAUCAUUGUGCACUAUCCACCUCAGCUUGUCUUUGUGACACCUUUCAAGAAUCUCUCUAAUGCUGAGGUGUAUCAGUGUCAGGCAGAUGCCAAUCCUUCAGCUACACACUUCAGCUGGCACAGCACACACCAGACUAUCCCUAACGAUGCCAUUAAAGCAGAAGGUAAUAAACUCUACUUCUUGAAACUGACCUCUGACCUCAGUGGCCUGUAUAUCUGUGAGGCUUCAAACGAGUAUGGUACAGGAAUCGGCUCUCUCUACUGGCAAAAAGGAGAAAAGACAGAAGACUAUCAUUCUGAGCUCUGAGUCCUUUAUACUAGAUGCAAUUUCAUAUUUUCUCAGUGUCAUCAAAGUCCCUUUAAGGAAAUUCAGGAAUAAAAGCUGGCAACAAUUAUAUUAUGCUUCUUAAACUCAAAUCACACUAAAAUCUAUAUUUUUCAGGAAGGCCAAGAUAGUGCACAUGAACAUUGUAGAGUAAACAAACAGCUGCUUUUUUAAUUUACAGUGCAUAUGUCAACAAGGUGACUUUUAACUGAAAGGAAUGAUAACAUUGCCAUAUUAAGCAUUAUGCUUUCUCCCAUCUAUGUAUGAGUGGACCAUCUGCCUUGCAUAGUCCCUGAACAUUAUAUUUUAUUACAUUAUUUGUUGC